AGAGCUGGGGCGUCUGUCUGCGCGCCCCAUUUCCACCCCCCCAAGACGCCCCUCCCAGCCGUGCGCGCCUGCGGCGGAGCAAGUCGCCCCUAAACCGAGAAAGGGGGGGGCUGGUGGAGGUUUUAUUUCCCUUUGUGCCAGAUCGAGGCGGCCGGGCCAAGGGGGAUCGGCGGGAUCCGGGCGCAACAAAGACCGAGUGGUGCCAGGGGUCACCGGCCCCACGCCCCCCAACUUUGCGCGCGGUCAGGCUAGACGCGGAGAACCCAGGAAUCCGAACAGAGCCGGUGCGAUGCGAUGGUGAGGGGGAGCCCAGCCACCCUUAGGGGCAUUCCCCCAACCCCUUAGCCCUCCGGACCCCAGCGGGGGGAACCCUGGAGCCGGUGAGCUGCGCCCCUGGACCUGGAAACUCCAAGCGCCUCCUCCGAUGCGCAGCGGCCAGGCGCGCCCCGCAUCGCCCGGCACCCCGUCUCCCGCGCUCUGCGUCCCCGACCUCCCCGGCCCGCCUCCUCACCCCUCUGCCUUUCCAGCUUCGGGGAUCAGGUGCGCUCUGUGCCUCCCUGUCCCCCUCCUCCUCCUCCUCCUAUCUCUUCUGUCCCCCCUUUUCUCCAGAGGCCAGCCAAAGGGCUCCCCAGAUCAGAUCCACCACCCACCACCCCUCGGUUCCCGCCAGGCUCAGCUGAGAAAAGAAGAGGCAUGUGAAACACCCCCCACACGCAUACCUGACAGUGGCCAGAUUUAGGGGUUGUCACGAGCCCAGAUGGCGAAGUGGCUGCGGGACUACCUGAGCUUUGGGGGGCGGAAGCCCCCUCCGCAGCCGCCCACCCCGGAUUACACGGAAAGCGACAUCCUCCGAGCCUACCGGGAGCAGAAAGAUCUGGACUUCGAGGACCCCUAUGAAGACGCGGACACCAGACAGGAGCCGGACCCCUCGGGGGCCGCUUCUGGGGAUUCUAAGGGCACUGGAGAAGACAAGUUCGAUUCUCCUAAACAUCGUCUCAUCAAGGUGGAAACCGCUGACCUGGCCAGAACUAAGGUCCUGUUGGGCUGCUCCGGGGAAGAGUCCGACGUGGACACUGAGUACUCAAACCCCUUUGACGCCCAGCCUCCUCCACCAGCCCCCGAGGAUGACGGAUACAUGGAGCCCUAUGAAGCCCAGAGGGUGGUGAGCGAAAUGCCAGGCAGAGCCGUGCAGCUGUAUGACACGCCCUAUGAGGAGCAGGAUGGAGAGCCGGGAGAUGAGCAGCCUUCUGCACCGUCGAGGCCUCGCCAGAGCCGGAUGCCCCAGGGGGAUGAGCGGCCAGCGGAUGAGUAUGACCAGCCCUGGGAGUGGAAGAAAGAUCAUAUCUCCAAGGCUUUUGCAGUGCAGUUUGACAGUCCCGAGUGGGAAAGAACUUCAGGCUCAGCCAAGGAGCUCCGGAGACCCCCAACCAGAAGCCCGCAGCCAGCAGAGCGUGUAGACCCGGCCCUGCCCCUAGAGAAACAGCCCUGGUUUCAUGGCCCCCUGAGUCGGCUGGAGGCAGAGACCCUCCUGGCACUCUGCAAGGAAGGCAGCUACCUGGUGCGCCUCAGCGAGACCAGCCCCCAGGACUGCUCCCUGUCUCUCAGGAGCAGCCAGGGCUUCCUGCACCUGAAGUUCGCAAGGACUCGAGACAACCAGCUGGUACUGGGUCAGCACAGCGGCCCCUUCGCCAGCGUGGCCGAGCUGGUUCUGCACUAUAGCUCCCGCCCGCUGCCUGUGCAAGGCGCCGAGCACCUGGCCCUGCUGUACCCGGUGGCCACUCAGACCCCCUGAUCUGGGUGGACAUCCCCCCUCCAGCCUCUGCAGG